UCACUCACUCACUCACUCACUCACUCACUCACUCACUCACUCACUCACUCACUUAGGUACCGCGCCUGGCAUCCUACAUUCUAGGAUGCCACAAGAACACUUGAACCAGUUCCCUCUGGGUGAUGGAUCCUUACCUGUUAAUACCUCUAUCUGCAUGAGGCAGGGCUGACGCUGACAUGCUGUGCAUUUGCUUGUGCAGUGAAACCCCAGCUGUGACACUCAUUAAGUGAUUCAGUCAAGCCUGGAACAAGGACACAGGUCUAUGAAUGUGACUAGUGACUUGCUGGACAUAGCAUGGUCAUAUUGUGAAUUACAGGGCAUUCAGUAUGGGUCAAACUAAUUUGAAAUGAGCAAUUAGCACAAUAAAUUGUCUUCAUCAUCCAAAAUAUUAUUCAUUUAUUUAAAAAAAAACUUUUUGAUGUAAUGAAUCCUUGUUGUGCAGUUGCAUUUUCUUGCGAGUGGUCUCAUCUCAUGGCAUGUUCUGAUUAAAAUGUAAUAUUUAUAAAAAGUCACACCUCAUUUGCAUUUCAUCAAUGCAUUUACUAUUCCAUAAAAAUAAAGUGUAUUGUGUUCAUCUAUCAUGAUCGUAUUUGAAUGUAGGGUGGUUUUCUGCACCAGAAUGGUAUAUUCAUGUUUAUAUGAGAUUACACACUUCAAAUUCAAGAGAAAACAAAAACAAUAUAUCCUAAGAUGGAGACUUAUUACUUCCUGCCAACUAAGUCAUUUACCUCCACCACCAAAUUAAAAAGAUGGAUGGAAAGAGAUGAGGAGACAGAUAAACCGGCAAAUGAAUGAGGGUUGCUGUGCUGCUUUAUGGUGCUGCCGUUAUUCAUCUAUUUAGCGUCUUUCCUGAGCUGUCAGUCAUUUUGUUCACAACUCUCCUCCUUCACCAAACAACACUUGGCAGCUUGAUGUCCUGCCUGAGCCAAACUGUUUGUUUUUCAGAGAUUGUACUCCGUGGGACAAAUGCAGCUUUCCUGUUCUUGUAAGAGGAUAGAGCGAAGGAGGGAGCGAUUGAAUGUCAGACGAUUGACAUUAUUUUGGUUUUAAUAAGAGACAGGGGUGAUGUGAUGGCAGCGCUUGCAAGCAGGACAGAUCUGAGAAGACUGUCUGCUGCACACUAAACCAACUGGAUGCAACACGUUAGAGUCCGAAAGAAUGGAUUUUCCCAAUUACACUGAAGGGGUGUUUGCCACAAGCAGCAGUGGUAAUGACUCCCUGGAGGCCACUAAACCCCCUUCUAGUAAGAUCCUGCUAACGCUUACCCUGUCUGUAGUGGCCAUCCUGACUACAUUCUUCAACUGCCUGGUGAUCACAGCUAUCGCAGUCACACGCAAGUUGCACCACCCGGCCAACUACCUCAUCUGCUCAUUAGCAGCGACCGACCUGCUGGUGGCUGUGCUGGUCAUGCCCUUUGGUAUUAUGUAUAUCCAGAAAGAGACCUGGGGCAUGGGCCAGGUGGUGUGUACCAUCUGGUUAAGUGUGGAUAUCACUUGUUGCACAUGCUCCAUCCUGCACCUUGCUGCCAUCGCCAUUGACCGAUACAGGGCCAUUACAGAUGCAGUGGAGUAUUCACACAAACGCACAGGGGCCAGGGCUGGGGCGAUGGUGGCAUUGGUGUGGUUCCUGUCCAUCCUCAUCUCAGUUCCUCCUCUAAUCUGGCGGCACUACAGCGGGGAUGCCGAGCAGGUAGACCAGUGCAUCAUGAUGCACCAUCACAUGGCCUUCACCUUAUACUCUACCCUUGGAGCGUUCUACAUCCCUCUGAUGCUCAUACUCAUCCUCUACUACAAGAUAUACCGUGCCGCUCAGACCCUGUAUAUGCGCAGGGAGGCCAGCCGGGCCAGCCGCUAUUCAAGUGUGACCAAUGGGAGCAUGAUCCCCUCAUCCUACCCUGCUGGAGAUGGCAACGAGGAUAGGGGAGCCCAAAGUCCAGAGCCUAUAAGCCCUCCAGAAAAGUCUUUCUCUGAACCCUCAACUGAGGAGCCUCCACGUGAACGGGUGCGUAAAUCUAAGGCUUUCCAGGGCAAGUCGCGCCGGCAUGAGUCACGUAGUGAGUCACGCAGUGAGUCACGUCGGAGCCAGUUUUACCAAGGUCCACGGAUCUCAGGCUCACGGGAGCGCAAAGCAGCAUCAACGUUGGGGUUGAUAAUAGGGGCAUUCGUCAUCUGUUGGCUGCCAUUUUUUGUCAAGGAGGUGAUUGUCAACACCUGCAGUGAGUGCAGUACUUCGAUGGAGAUGGCUGACUUCCUGACGUGGUUGGGCUACGUCAACUCGCUAAUCAAUCCCCUCAUCUACACUAUCUUUAAUGAAGACUUCAAAAAAGCUUUCCAAAGACUUGUUAGGUGCAGUCAUUACCUCUGAUGGUAACAAUUGCACAUGAUCACACCCAUACACCCCAACACAUGCCCAUGAAACAAACUAUGGAGAUCGGAAAGAACUGACCAAAUACUGACUGAAUCUACCUGAGAGACACUAAGAAUGACCUCCAUUUCCAGAACAUCUGCCAUGCGCUCCAACAGCCAGAAUGGCACCAGCUCAGCCAUGAGCUUGCAGCAAAGUUCCAUAUUGAAGUCCAAGUCCUGCUAUUAAUGGAAAUGCUUUCAUUGAUCUUAAUUGUUGUGAUGGAAAGGACAGUGACAUGUUGGUUUUUUGGAAAUGGGCCAUUGCUGACCUUUUUGAGGGCUGGGUUCUGAUCAUUAGUGAUCAGCCCCAUUAACAGGCCUUGAGAUAGCUGGCCAUUACUGCUUUUUCAUCUAAUGACCUCCCUUCUAUCUCGUCCAAGCUGCCGGCUAACAUGUGUAAAAUACCACAGCAUACCAAUUUGUGAUUUCAUGUGGCCAUGGCGUUUCAGAGGGUGACCUUUAUCCGAUUGACUGUCGCAAUGAUUAUUAACAUUGUUGUGAUAUGUACUCAGAAAACUCUCCCAACAAAUAUAAGUUAUACAUUUGUAGAUUUUUUAAAUGUAUGUCUGUUAUUGGCAAAUGAUACCAGCUUGAUUCACUAGGCCAUCUGAUAGCAAAGGGUUAUCAGCUGUCUUUCAUAGAUUUCAGAAUGCUGAACUAAACAGACCAUGUUUUAAAGGUUUAGGGUGAACAGCUAAGAAUGCCCUUAAUGUAAAUAAACUGUUAUAUGAUCCUGGACCAAAUUAUACUAUUAUAAGCACUUUCUGAAUUAUACAACAAAGAAUAUUUGGGGACCAAAAUAAAAAUGAGCUUUCUUCAACUUUCACAACAAAAUGUUUUUCGGAGAUGGUUUAAGGUAUUGGUGUAAAUGUUUUUUAAGACACUGCCACUUUAUUUGAUGUUUUGCACACUUUUUUAAUUUCCUUUAUGUUAUUUUGUGGGGUAAUUAUUCAUUAAUUGUUCACAAGUAUCUCUUUUGGAGCUAUUAAACACCCCUUCUCAUCUCACUCCCACCAUAGGCAGCGUUAUAGGUCAAUUAAUGUGAGAACCACCAGUGCAGAAAUCCUCAUUACAUUAAUCCCACUCGAAUACUUGGAAAAUAACUACUAUUUAUUUACUGCCUGCAAGAGGGCACACGAUAAAUUGAUGGAAAUACUGUGGAUGAGUCAUGUGUGAGGGUGUACUGAAUGCCAGGAAGAUAAUAGAAAGUGUGUCAUACAUGUACAUACAUCUCAUACAGUAUGACCAGUAUUUGUAUACUGUUUCUUUCUUUGUCUCUCACUGUCUUAUUCAAUAAUAAAAAGCCCACAUGUGAA